CUUUCAGAUCUAAAAUAUCUUGACGAAAUAAAAUUACAGCGCAUUAAAGAUUACGUUCAGAGCCAGACACUAAAUAGAUCAAAUACAGAAAAUAAUUCUAGCAGAAAUAAGUUCAAGGGCAGCUCUUCAUCAAAAUCAAGCUUGAACUCCGUUUGUAGUUCUAAUUCUCUACUAGGAAAAAUGAAAUCUACAAAGUCAAAAGAAAGACGUAAUCAAAUGAAAGCAUUGAAAAUCCGUCAGAAGAAAGAGUACCGGCAACUCUUGAAAGAGAGAAGAAGCGGCCUGUUUCUACAGGAAGAAGUUCUCUCGCUUAGCAGGCUGUCGCAAAACGACGACGACGACGUCGAUAUACUGGAAUAACUUUUAGAAAAAUUAUAAUGAUUGAAAGCAUUUAAAUAUAUAUUCAAUAUAAUUAACAAAGUAUAUUGUUAAUUAUUUAAGUAACUCGUUUUUUAUGCUUAAAAUAAUUUAAAAUUAAA